CUUUACUCGAUGUGCUUGCUACCUGAAUUGGUUCUACGAAUGGUGCAACGUGCUUGGAGGGCAAUUCUGAAAUGGUUAACGCGCACUGUGAUUGAUUCAAAUUGUUGCCUGCAGAAGUAGUGCCUCCAUCAUCCAGCAGCAACUUGUUCAACUUGUUCUUGAGAGGUUUCGCUUGAGGGAGGAGAACUGUCUUAAGCGAAAAGCACAGUGGAACUCCAAAGCAGCACAGCCAAUGCCUCUGGCUUCUGCUUUUGUUAAAAAAGAAAGAGAUCAUGGGCUUUUCAGACCAUUGCAUGUUAGGGAGGACAACUACUUCGGGAUCUCCCCAAUGAUAUAAUAGGAAGGGUUGACACCAGCAGUGGAGGAGGAGGAGGAGGAGGAGGAGGAGGAGGAGGAGGAGGAGGGGGAUAAUGGAGCUUUCCGUUUAGAUAGAUCGUAACGGAACUUUGUCUUUUUUUCUGUUUUUUUUUCUUACUGAUGUUUUAAAGCCACAUUUGGCUGGCUUUCCCCAAGGAGAAACGGACCUUCGGCCUUGUGAAAUGUUGGGAAGAUAAGUUGUGCGGCGGUGCCCUGUGGCAUCAGAUAUCCCUUGUGCCCCUUGCAUUUCUCUGCAGAAUAACAUGGGCAGGGGCAAGGAUGCGGACGCCGGCCCAUGCCCUGAGAAGGAGUCGGGAGGCGCGGAGGAAGCAAGUGCAGCUCUGCCGAACCAGAAUCUGAGGAAUUUCACUGCGAAUGAUAAAGAACUGCUUGUCUUUUUGGUCAAGGAGAUACAGAAGGCCAAGUGUCAGGGAUCCGCUGGGGACUGGCAUUUGUAUUUGGAGACGGUGGCAAAAUCCAGCAAGUUCAAUCCUGCUGCGCACUCGUGGGAGGUCCUUGCAGGAUUCAUCGGUACCUUGACGGGAGUGCCGAGCGUCAAGUUGAUAAGGCGGUUGAAGAAAUGGUUUGCAAAGAGAAAGGCUGCAGAGGAGAUGGACAGAACAGACCAGUGUCCCGAUACCGCGGAACAGAGGCUUGUGCUGCGCACGAGGGCCCAUCCUGUGUACCGCAAGACCUACGACUUGCCGUCGCAUGCCCCGGGCUGGAUAGUGAGCGGGCGCGGUGCAACAAAGCAGUUCUGCAAGCCUGAGAGGCUGAUCUCAUUGGAUUGUGAAAUGUGUCUGAGUGUUGAUGGUGUCAAAGAAGUAAUAAAAGCCUGUGUGGUUGACAGGGACUUGAAUGUUCUCCUCAGCACGGACGUGAGACCGACACUAGAAGUUGGCGAUUACUGCACGGAGUUCACGGGUAUCAACGCGGAGAAUCUCGGUAAAGAUGGAAUCGUCUCCUUUCUAGAAUUGCAGUCGCGGAUGGCGGCUCUACUCACGCCGGGAACGAUUCUGAUAGGCCAUGGUCUGCAUCAUGAUCUGAGAGCUCUGAAGAUCGACCACGCGCGAGUGAUCGACACGUCGUUGUUGUUCCGAUUCAAGGACAUGGAGCAAGCGGUGCCAGGGUUGUCGCUCGUGUGCAAGACGCUUCUUAAGGAGACGAUGAGGGACGGUAGCUCCAAGGUCCACGACUGCCUGCAGGAUGCUAUCAUACCUAUGAAACUUGUGCUGCAUGAACUCGCCAACGGGCCAACACCAUUGCUAGGUGUGGCAGCUGAGACGGUGUCAGAGGAAGACCAGAGAAAGCUAUUUGUUCACAGGAUACUCAAAGGCGUCUCCGAGAGUGCAAUCCAAGCGGUUAUUCCCUCGGGCUUCGCCUGCAAGGUUGAGCAGAUCAAAUGGAGCACCAAGGGGUUCGGUACAACUUACGUGUCUUUUAAAACAGUAAAGGAUACGGAAUUGGCCUUUUCGCAAAUAAGAGGGUGCCUGAACGAGGACGGAUGCGGGAAGCUGCAGAAAGCUGUUCCAAUAACAGUCCCAGGGCAAGGCAUUGCUUCGGUCAUCCACUUUCGGAAGAUGACAGGUCAGCAGCAGCCCCUGGCACAUCUGCAAUCACCGGCUGGGAAACCAGCAGAGCAGAAGAACAUGGUUAAUCAGAGAGAAAAAGAGCGGUUUCUCCGAGGCACAACUGUGUUCAGGGUUGACCUGAGGGGCAAUUGUGAGAUAGUGAGCGAAGAUGGCAGGGGGAAAAUGCAAUUGGAACAUCAGAGGAAAGAACACUCGGAUGGGGAGAUGCAUGCGCUGGAGAGGGGGAGAAGCAGAAAGGCGGAAUGCAACGUGCAUAGUAGGGGCGAGGAAGGCAAGAGCGAAAAGGAGGAAUACAAUGCACGUAGUAGUAGUGGAAAGGAAGGACUUCCAAAGGUUGUUAGUGAUAAGAAGAGGAAGUCGGUGGAAGACAUGGCAGAGAAGAACAGUGGUAGUGGUCUUGGAGAAAGAAAGAAGAAACGGGUGCGUUCAGGGCGUUCUAAGCAGUAGUACUCCUGGUGUUGUGCUGAGAUCUUGUGAGAGUUUGGUAUGAUUUUUAUGGUGGCUUUGUGGGCUCACACAAAGGGAUCUCUAAGUUUUUUCAGACCAUUUGCAGCGUGGUCGGUGCUUUCUUGUUAGUGGAGCCGUUUGUGUUGUGGUGCAACUUUUUUUUUUUUUUGUUGUUGUUGUGUUGGAGUCUAUACACUCCAAGGGCCAGAGAGGUUGUCUAGCCAUGGAGUGAUGAUGGAGAUGACAGUGACAUGAGUGAGUUGUGUGAGAUGAAUAGUAUUAGGGCCAGUGCUUUGCCCUUAUAUGCCAUUGACUCCCUUAACCGGCGGCAGACGGGUGUGUGGGUACUUGCCGCUUAAACCGCU